AUGGCGCCCAACCCUGAUGUCGCGAGUGCUAUAUCAAAAGCAGAGUCCGCUCCCGGAGAAAAGGGGCCUGUCUAUGAACAGUUCAUUCCAACCAUCAAGGACCUCUCGCCUCCACCUACCGCCGACGACCUUAAUGCUAUCGUCGACUCUUUCUUUGGCCAGGCGCUUGGCGUCGUAGCCACUCGAACCAUUCUCUCAUCUUUCAUCGCGACACUCCGAGAGAUACAGAACCAGGACCUGUGGAUCGAGGUCGGAAACCGCACGCUAGACACAAUUGCCGCUCAGCCUUCUUCAUCAUCCUUUGUCGACGCUGGUGCCACACUCCGAGAGCUCAUUGCUACUGCCCAUGAGAAAAAUGAAGAUUUUCUCGACGCAGCCAAAACCCUGGCCGACAUCCCUCUCGAUAGCUCCCAGCGCAAGAUCACCGAUGAGGAAAAGGCUCGAACAUGGGUUCGAAUCGUACGAAACUAUCUCGAAGUAGACGACUCUACAGCCGCCGAGAUGUAUAUCAACAAGCUCAAGAACAUCAUGCAUUCGGUCGCCGAUCAAGAACUAAACCUCCACUUCAAGCUCUCGCAAGCACGUAUUCUCGAUGCUCAGCGUGACUUCUUGUCUGCAUCUCAACGAUAUCACGAAAUUAGCUUCUUCCCCGCCAUUGACGAGGACGAUCGUGUACAUACUCUCAGCAUGGCUAUCAAGUGCGGCGUUUUGGCCCCUGCAGGCCCAAUGAGAAACCGUACACUAGGCCGUCUAUAUAAGGAUGACCGGUCAUCUCAGCUGGAAGAAUUUGGCAUUUUGGAAAAGAUGUUUCUUGAUAGACUUUUGUCUCCUGAGGAAGUGGACAAGUUUGCUGAGGGAUUGCAACCGCAUCAGCUAGCAAAGACUUCAGAUGGAUCAACAGUACUCGCCAAAGCCGUUGUUGAGCAUAACCUUCUUGGUGCAUCGCGGCUUUACAGCAACAUCAGAUUCGAAGCCUUGGGAUCACUGUUGGGACUGGAUGCAGACAAGGCGGAGGAGACCACAGCACGAAUGAUCGAACAAGGUCGACUGGUAGGUAGAAUGGACCAGCUCGACGGUAUUGUGUACUUUGAGGGCGGCGAAGCGUCUGGAGUAAAGGGCAGUGGACGAGCCGAAGUGACCGUUGGCAAAGAAAUGCGAACAUGGGACUCCAAUGUCCAAAGUCUAGCAGAGGAAGUAGAACACGUCACGAACACGCUGCAGAAGGAGUUUCCCGAAUUUGUUGCCGCAAACCUUGUUAUAUGA